UUAAACCUACAAAGUUGCUGAUGAAAGAGGAGCACGUCAAGAUCUGUUGUACGCAUAAUGUCCAUUAUCUUUUCACCGAGUCUACGAUGCCAGCUGCCCGUCCUCCUUAUCCUUCUCCAAGGAGCCUUCACUGUUGUCUUCAUAUUAUUUUUCCGCUUUGAAGACCCUUCCCAUCACUUCAGUUCUUCAAAUGUGACCACAACAGAAGGUGGACACAAACUGGACACAAUCUUCCCUUUCUUUAAGGAUGUCCAUGUCAUGUUGUUUGGCGGGCUUGGUCUUAUGCUGUCCUUUCUGAAACUCUAUGGCUUUGGUGGUAUCGCCUUCAACUUUUUGAUUGCCAACUUUGCCAUUCAGUGGUCCAUGGUUGUUCAAGGCUUCUUCUACCGUUUCAGGCAUGGGAUGAUAAUCCUAAGGCUAAGUAACCUCCUUGAGGCAGAGUUUGCUGCUGUCACUGCUCUUAUUUCAGCCGGUGCUGUAUUAGGAAGGACCAGUCCUGUUCAGUUGCUUCUCCUUUCAGCUAUGGAAAUCCCACUUUUUGUGGUCAAUGAUUGGUUGGUCAACUACUAUUUCCAUGUUAUUGAUGUAGGAGGCACAGUGGCCAUCCACAUCUUCUCAUGUUAUUUUGGUUUAGGAAUAUCUCAAAUACUGUACCAACCAUACCUUUGUAAAGGACAUGUAAAAGAAGCUACAACCUCGAAUUCUGAUCUAUUGUCCCUUCUGGGGACUAUCUUUUUGUGGAUUUUCUGGCCAAGCUUCAAUUCUGUACUGGCAAAGACUGGAGAAGCUCAACACAGGGCCAUUGUGAAUACAUUCCUGGCAUUGAGUUCAGGGACAAUCACUACAUUUGCAAUGUCUAGCCUGAUGGACAAACAGGGCCGGAUAAACCUGGUACAUCUCCAGAAUGCUACCUUAGCAGGAGGUGUUGCUGUUGGAAUUUCAGCAGACCUUAUAAGCCCGGGAGGUGCAUUUAGCAUUGGGUGUUUAGCCUCCAUGGCCUGCACCCUUGGCUUUCGAUACCUAAGCCCUUUUUUGGCCCAGAAGAUCAAGCUGCAAGACCAAUGUGGAAUCCAUAACCUGCAUGGCCUGCCAGGAAUCAUUGGGACAGUCGGCAGCAUUGUGGUCAUAUUACUUGGACCUGUUGAUACUUAUGGCUUAAGUCUACAUGAUACUUUCUACAGCAAUGGUUUGGAUGAACAACAACCUAUUUUGGGAGUUGUCAAAAAUGGGGAGACUUGGACGGCACAGAGUCAGGCUCUGCAGCAGGCUGCAGCCCUUGGAGUAACAUUUGGAGUGUCAUUAUUUGGAGGCUAUAUAACUGGAUUAUUGUUGAGAUUGCCUUGUUUUGUGCAUCCUUCUAAAGACAAUUUGUUUGAUGACCAGUUGUAUUUCCAAGUUCCUGAAGAAACAGGAAACAAACAGAUUUCACAUGAAGAACUUCAGAAGCACUUACUGGUCCAACUUAAGCAUAUGUGAUAUCCAGAUCACAUCUACUGACAUCCUGCUCAUCCCUGGAAUCAUUCAGGCCCCCUUUAUAGUUAAAUGGAUUGUCCAGUCUUACAAAAAUGCAGCUUUUUUGUAAAAACAUCAUCACUCCUGUCCACAUGUUGUAUCUGGUAUUGCAGUUUUUUUGCUUUUAAUACUGGACAACCCCUUUCAUAAAUAUUGACCACAACAUCUUAUAUUUUGCUUAUAUUAAAUUAUUAGGGACUCCUGGGUCUGAGCUUCCGCCUCAGAUCUGAUAGUAUUAUCUCAUAUCUAGCAUCAUAUAUUUCAGCUCUUGGAAUUUUGCAGGUAUGACAAAUAAGUGGAGAUGAUAUUGUUUUACUUAAGCUUUGGUCGCUUAUGUCUUUUGACUCUGAAUACAGAUGCGUAUCAUUUUGGUAUAAAGUAAGCAAAUGUACAUAACAGCAUCCUUGCAAUUUCUGCUGUUUCAUUUCCUUUUUAUUCUAUAACUUUUAGAAAAAUCUACCUAGAAAACUGAUCAAGCUGAUGCCGGCUGUAUACAUCAGCAGCAGUUAGCAUGCUUGUUGA